AGCCCAUCAGCCAAGCCUUGGCUACAAAGAAAUCGGAUCAUCUGGCAGGCCCCAGGCCGUUUGCCCCUCACAUCUUUUGUCCACACUCUGCCGGCCCGCUUUGCGCAUGAUGCUGUGUGCUUGGAGCGUGGACUCCCGAAGCCGAAAGUGCCCUGACCUGACCUCACCUCUCCCAAACUUUGGCCAAUUCCCACGACGACGACGACGUCAAUCAAUCCGCCAGCCGCAUUGAAGCUGCCUCGCCCCGUCAGCUCCUAAAUUCGCCCAACAUGUCCGACGACGAGCGCGUUACUAAGCCCUUCAAGUUCGUCACAGCUGGUGCCGACGCCCGCUUCCCGAACGUCAACCAGACCAAGCACUGCUGGCAAAACUACGUCGACUACCACAAGUGCAUCAUCGCCAAGGGCGAGGACUUCGCCCCCUGCCGCCAGUUCUGGCUCGCUUAUCGGUCCCUAUGCCCCAGCGCGUGGUAUGAGCGGUGGGAUGCGCAGAGAGAGGCUGGCAACUUCCCGGCCCGUCUGGACCAGUAAGGGAAUUUUGUGAACGAAGUUAGUUGCUGGCGGGAGAAUGCAUCCAACCUGGACCAUGUUACAUUAGACUCAGGGCAGUCAGGGGAAUGCACAUAGAGUUGGGGUACUCGGUUUGUAUGCUUACCCGGUGACAGGAGGUGAGCAGGAGAGGAAAGUAUUGUUGUGCUUCAAAUUGCGAAC